GCUUUCUGAAAUGAUUGCGUAGUUGAUGAUAUAAGUUCAUUCUUGUGUUUCUUUAUUUUCUUUUGGAUGAUUCUAUAUUGGAUAUAUCCACUUCGCGUUCUCAUCAAACCUUUUCUUUGCAGUUUAGCCGAAGCACUUGAAAUGCAACCUCCUGUAAUGCCGGAAGAUGGUCACACUAGGGUUACGACUGGAAAAGAUUCAUCAUUUCUUGCUUCUGGAAAAGAAUCUUCUGCUCUUGAACCUAUAUGGGAUGAUGAAGAUACAAGGGCCUUUUAUGAAUGUUUACCUGAUCUCAGAGCAUUUGUUCCAGCUGUAUUACUGGGAGAAGUUGAACCAAAGCUGAAUGAGCAAUCUGCGAAGACACAAGAGCAACAAACUGUAAAGAUUCUUCUUUCUUGAAUAUAUUUGCUUGUCUAUAGUUUAUGCAUGCUUAGGGCUACCAAUAAAAUGCGGACAGGGGAGCCUGACCACUAUCUGGAUGAGGGCUCAAUGAUAAGGGCUGCUGGUAUUAUCUCAUGCUCAUUUUGGUUGCAAUUAUGUGGAUGGGAGCACUCACCCACCAUCCAUGUUCGAGGGAUGCCCCAAAUGGCCUGCUUCCCCGAAAUGCAGAUCUGGGAAUGCAAAAACAGCACCAUCUGCAUUCCGGGGCGCAUCUAAGCAACCCUUAUUCUAUGUAUGUGGCAUUCCUAAGAUGAUUUAUUCUUCUAUCA